GAGAACGGAGUCUAUUAGCUAAAUGGAUUGAAGGAGUAACACCAUCUCCUCACAGAGGGAGGAGGGAAAUGGAGGAGUGAUCAGCGAAUAGAAUGGCUGUCUCCCUCUUCCUCUCCCUAUCUCCCUACCUCCCUACCCCGGUCCUUACUCAAGAACUCGACAUCGUGCGUGCGUGCGUGCGUGCGUGUGUGUGUGUGUGUGUCUUGGUGGGCGCCAGCCGCGGUGCUAGGUCCGGAGUCGAACUUGGCGUUGGAAAAGUAAGUGACUGUCCUUGGGAAGCCGCAGUUCGGUACGUGGAUGUGCGAGUCGAGGUGGCUCGGCCCAAUUGUUUCAUGCCGCAGACACGUUUAUGUUCGGGAGUAGCGGGCAUUUCCCAUGUAUUCGUACUCUAUCAAACACAGACAAACGGAGGGGGGUCCAGAGAAGUAAGGAGCAUCAUCGCCUUAGAAAACUCGUGAAUGGGACGUGAGAGACUGGACUGAUGGACCGAAAGCAGACAGUUGAGCGCAACAGCAAAACGUAGUCUCAGACUUUUCUUCAUGUAUACUCUUGUGUAUGUCUGUAUCUCUUAUCUUAAUCUAGAACUAAGAGAAACGCCAACCUAACGCCAGCCCCAUUUAACUUUGAGGCUUUACUCAUUUUUUUCUCUCGUCUUUUGUACGGCGUGUGUAUU